CAGCGCUUGAAGCGCAUACGGAGCGUAUUCCUGAAAAUUGCCUCUGUCAUACAACCAGGAAGAAGGUUGGAUAGCCCCGCGAAGCUAACAACCUCAAUCUUUCUGCAUACUUUCGCCGAAUAUAACGAUGGGGUCUUCCUGGUGGAAGGUAGCCGCGGUGGUCAUCUCAUUAACGGGCUCGUUAUUACCUGUCGGCGCGGAUGAACACGACCACACGUACACAGACGGAGAGGAGGUGGUUUUGUGGAUGAACACRGUGGGGCCUUACCACAACCGACAGGAGACCUACAAAUACUUCUCGCUGCCCUUCUGCGCGGGCAUCAAGAAGACCAUCAGCCACUACCACGAGACCCUCGGGGAGGCUCUGCAGGGCGUGGAGCUGGAGUUCAGCGGCCUGGAUAUUAAGUUCAAAGAGGAAGUCAUGCAGAUGACUUAUUGUAACAUUGAGAUGGACAAAGCCAAACAGGAUGCUUUCGUCUACGCCAUAAAGAAUCACUACUGGUACCAGAUGUACAUCGAUGAUCUGCCCAUUUGGGGGAUCGUUGGGGAGUCGGACGAGAACGGAGAGGAACAUUACCUGUGGACGUACAAGAAGCUGGAGAUCGGUUAUAAYGGCAACAGGAUCGUUGAUGUGAAUCUGACAAGUGAAGGAAAAGUCAAACUCAUGUCCAACACCAAGAUUCCCAUGUCGUACUCUGUGAAAUGGAAGAAGUCUGAUGUGAAGUUUGAGGACAGGUUUGAYAAAUACCUCGAUCCGUCCUUCUUUCAGCACAGAAUCCACUGGUUCUCCAUCUUCAACUCCUUCAUGAUGGUGAUUUUCCUKGUGGGUCUGGUCUCCAUGAUCCUGAUGAGAACCUUGAGGAAAGAUUACGCUCGAUACAGUAAAGAGGAGGAAAUGGACGACAUGGACAGAGACCUGGGCGAUGAGUAYGGAUGGAAGCAGGUUCACGGAGACGUCUUCAGACCUUCCAGCCAUCCUCUCAUCUUCUCUUCRCUCAUCGGUUCUGGCUGCCAGAUCUUCUCCGUCUCCUUCAUCGUCAUCAUCGUGGCGAUGGUGGAGGACCUGUACACAGAGAGGGGCUCCAUGCUCAGCACGGCCAUCUUUGUUUACGCUGCUACCUCUCCGGUCAACGGCUACUUCGGAGGAAGUUUAUACGCCAAACAAGGAGGCAGGAGAUGGAUCAAACAGAUGUUCAUCGGAGCCUUCAUGAUCCCAUCCAUGGUCUGUGGAACGGCUUUCUUCAUCAACUUCAUCGCCAUCUACUACCACGCCUCCAGAGCCAUCCCGUUCGGCACYAUGGUCGCAGUCUGCUGCAUCUGCUUCUUCGUCAUCCUGCCUCUGAACCUGGUGGGAACCAUCCUGGGCAGGAAUUUAUCCGGUCAGCCCAACUUCCCCUGCCGAGUGAACGCUGUGCCUCGACCAAUCCCAGAGAAGAAGUGGUUCAUGGAGCCGGCCGUCAUCGUGUGCCUUGGAGGAAUUCUGCCCUUUGGAUCGAUUUUCAUAGAGAUGUACUUCAUCUUCACGUCUUUCUGGGCCUAUAAAAUCUACUACGUGUACGGCUUCAUGAUGCUGGUCCUGGUGAUCCUGUGCAUCGUCACCGUGUGCGUCACCAUCGUGUGCACGUACUUCCUGCUCAACGCUGAGGACUACAGAUGGCAGUGGACGAGCUUCCUGUCUGCUGCGUCCACAGCGGUUUAUGUUUACAUGUACUCGUUUUACUACUACUUCUUCAAAACUAAGAUGUACGGCUUGUUUCAGACGUCCUUCUACUUCGGCUACAUGGCUGUGUUCAGCACCGCUCUGGGAAUCAUGUGUGGUGCUGUUGGCUACAUGGGAACAAGUGCCUUUGUGAGGAAGAUUUACACAAACGUGAAGAUUGACUGAGGAUCUGCGCAGCUGCAGGAGCUCAUGGACGUGUGCUGAGAGGCGGCGAGCACAACUCCUUGAUUUGAUUUUACUUUUUCUCUCGCAGAGAUGGAGAGAGCCUCACUUUGUACAACGUAGUUUUUCCAUUAUUUUUCUGAGGUGACCGGAGGAGCGGAGGUUUUGUUUUUAUCAGCUGUUUGUCCACGCCGGCCCCAGACGCAGCGGUGUAGCUCUCUUCAGUGAAGAGGCCGAAGUGAGCCCAAGUUUAGGUUCUGUUGGUUCACAUGCUUCCUGUUCCAGUCGCACUGUCAUCCGGGUUUUGUUCUCCUUCACCGAUGAAGAGGAGCCUUCAUCGCUCCGUUAUCAUUCCCCUCGUUUCUUUACCCCCUGACCCAGACCCUGACCCAGUCCAUCCAGCCCGGGUUUAUCCCUGCUGUGGGUUCAUGUACAGAGACUGAUCAGGAAGAGCAGGUUUUUAAUGAAUGUUUGAUGUGAUCCAUUUGUUUUCUCUAAAUGUUUGGGUUGAAUGAAGUAAAGCUAAUAUAUGAGGGGGGGCCGUGUAUAUACCCUGAAUUAUGUCCCUUUAGAUGUAGACCCCCCUGCCUGGGCUUUGGUUGUACAGAUUUACUACAGGGUUUGUUUCUUAUUUACACAAGUUAUUUUUCAUUUAAAACCUCUUUAGUUUGGGGCUUGGGGGGGGGGGGGGGGGUGGCUGUUACACCUGAGCUGAAGUUUAAAGGGAUUCUUUGUUUCUGACUUUAUUUGCAGCUUUAAAAGUUUUUUUUCUCUCAAACCCUCGUUGUGUUUGAUCAGAGGAAGACGAUGCUCCUCUUCCUCUGCCUGUACAAAAUGAACCAGUCCACCUGAAGCUAGAUGUUGUCCAUCCCCUCAGUGCUACAGAGUCCGUCACAUGCUUUUAUUUCACCCUGCUUUGUGUAAAUACAGAGGUGGCCACGCCCUUUUCUAUGUUCCAGUUCUGCUCAUGUUGUGAAGCCAUGAACCUGAACCUGCUAUAACUGUAGAAACUAAUAAACCUGUUUCUGUACAGAGCUGA